CUGUGCAUUGCCUCCGGUGCUUCACUGUCAGCGAGCGGCGCGUCAACCCAAGACUGCUCCUGUGAUUUUCAACGAAGCUGACUGUCGCGUCGUUCGGUUGCUUGCAGUGCCGACAAAGUGUUCUGCAAGGGGCGGACACAACUGUAACAACUGUCUUCAGUCGAACAACCGCACUCAGUGAAGGACGGUAGUCGGUUCUUUAUACGGAUCUUUUCAAACGCGUUUAACAUCCGCACAGAGACAAACUGGAUUCCGAUUUCGGAUCCUCACAUCACAAACAACGUUCACUCACGGACUCUCAGGAAAAACGUCUUACAGGCAACUCGACACUAUUCUAAAGUAGAAUUUUUCAAAUUACAUUGUAUCUUAAUUUACACUUUAUUGUACCAUAUACAGUCACCACGUGCCCUUGGCAGCGCGCGCUGGACUACUACACGCACUCUUUAACUUUUGAGUCAGUAUUACUUAAUAUAUGACUUAAGUAAAUAUUUAAAUACGAAUAGAAUUUAAUCAGCUACGCUUACCAGCUUAUUCUUAUUGUUAAGUUACGGAGUUAUUGUUUUGUGACACGCCAUCCGUCAAUCUGUGGCACAGCCAUGAACUAGAUCUAGCUGCAGGCAAUAAACAAAACAAAACUACAUUUAUAUCAGCUGUUGGUUCUUUUAAUCUAUACAUUUGCAACAAGGUCAUCGCUAAACAUUUGACGAAACCGAAGUACGAAUCAUUCUCAAUUCUUCGGUAGUUUUUCUCUUUUCCAUAAACUUUCGGGCGCGUGUUGUAUUGAUCCGGGUUUUAAGGAUGUCUAUUCACAACGGUGCGUCCAAAUCGAAAAAGCUUCUUGUUCUUGGGUUUUUGCUUCUGGCUCGUUCAGUUUUGUGUCACGGGUUUCUUGAAGCGUCCAACUCUAGCUCUUAUAAUUUGGGGUCUGUUAUUCUGGAGCCUCUGGAUGGGCUGAGAAGAUAUGUGGAGUCCAUUGUUGGCACGCACGUGAUUGGGAUUUGUGCUGAGUUUGUUGAAAUGUUGCUGAAGUUUGUCGCUGAAGGAGCUGCGAGUGGACUGAAUGUCAUUGCUGCCUAUGUAUCUGAGAUUCUCAGAGCGACAGGAGUGAAUGAGACAAUAUCUAUCCCUCAUUUCACCGCUGAGGGCGUUUCUACCGUCACCAAAUUGGCACUGCUGACUCUGACUAGUUAUUGGAUCCUGUCUGUCUUGCUGCGGGUCACUGUGGCAUUCAUAAAGCGGGUUUUUUGGCUGCUUAAAUUGAUCAUAGUCCUUUUGCUCUUCAUACGGAUCGUCAAUGACCCCACUGCCUCGCCAGAUACCACCUUAAUGAGACUGACACUACUUGUGCUUAUCUGUGCCGUGUUUGGAGUCGCUACAAGCAACAGUGGUGAGAAGGCAGCCAGUCUCGAGAGCCGAGUCAGCAGCCUGGAGGGACAUGUCAAAGGGAUGUUAAAGAGGAAGAAAGAGUAA